AUGGGGGCCAGUAAAGAUGAGUUGCUCAAGGUGGCCCGAACCGUGGGGUAUGAGAUUCCGGAGGGCGAAGUCGAUGACUACAAAAUACUGUUCGAUAGGGCAAAAGACUAUACACCAACACCAGAUGUUAACCUCAUGCCAAGGAGAAACGUGCAUUUCCCCGAGAAGUCGGAAAACCAUCUGAACGCUUGGGCUUGGCGGUGCGAAUGCACUCAUGUCAACCCUUCGUCGAGUCUGCUUAAAGGCAAGACUGUAUGCCUGAAGGAUAAUAUUGCGUUUGCCCAGGUUCCGUGUCUGCUGGGAACAGACUCGUUCACGGACUGGACACCAACGGUGGAUGCCACAGUCGCCACACGCAUCCUUGAGGCAGGUGGGACAAUCUCUGGCAAGGCCGUGUGCGAGAACCUUUCUCGAGGAGCUGUCUCUGUCAGUGCUGCUACGGGCCCCGUACAUAAUCCCUAUGCCCAUGGGUACACAGCGGGUGGGAGCAGCUCAGGCACAGCAGCUUUAGUUGCCAGCGGUGCAUCGGAUAUGGGCAUUGGGUGUGACCAGGGAGGAAGCAUACGUAUUCCAGCGGCCAUGUGUGGUCUAUGGGGUAUGAAGGCGACUCUGGGUCUUGUCCCGUACACCGGUAUCGCAAGCAACGAUGCCAGCGUGGACUUCGUGGGCCCCAUUACACAAACAUGUAUGGAUUGUGCAGCACUCUUGGAAGCAAUUGCUGGAGUUGAUGAAUUUGAUGAUCGUCAGGUCGCUGGAUGCCCGUUCCCGGGGCAAGUACCAAAGUAUGCAGCAGACCUCACGAAGUCCGGCAAGGAUGGCGCCAAGGGGCUGAGAAUUGGGAUAUUAAAAGAGUCCCUGGACAGUCCGGUCCUGGAUGAUGCAAUGAAGGAGAAAUUCUAUGCCGCAGCCAAGGAGUUCGAAAAGCUUGGCGCAAGUGUAGAAGAGGUCUCGGUGCCACUGCAUGGAUCAGCUAGAGUGAUCUACAGCGUCAUGAGCAAAAUGGGAAACCAUAUGGGAAUGUUAGGCCGUGCAACAGGCCGGAGGCAACUUAUGAUGACGGAUCUUUUCCAAAAGAAGAACUUCCCGUAUUCUCAGGAGGCUCUUUCAAAGAUGAGCGUUUUCAGCAGAGAAGGUCUCUUCUCUGGAGAGCUGGGCUGGACAAACUACCCUUAUGCAUACUCCAAGGCAGUCAACCUCAGUCGGAAGCUGAAGGAUGAUUACAACGAGGCUCUGAAGAACUUUGACCUUCUCCUUAUGCCAACUACCUUGCGGCCGUCCUUCCCCCUGCCGGCUGCGGACUGCAGCCCUGUGGAACACCUGGAAGCAAAUAAGGGCAUGACAGAAAACACAGCUCCGUUCAAUGCUAGCGGCCAUCCCGCAUUGGCGAUGCCGAUUGGAUUCAUUCCUUCAAAAGAAAACCCCGAUAUCCAGGUUCCCGCAAGCAUGCAACUCGUUGGUAGAUUUUGGGAGGAAGCUACUAUUUUCAAAGCAGCUUAUGCAUGGGAGAAGACAGUGGACUGGAAGAAGUUCUGA